AUGCCGUGGAGGGGUCGAUUGUCGCCCUCCCUGCUGCAGGCGACCAGGACUAUCCAGACGUGUGACGCUUGCCUUCCGCCGCACGAGCGCGCAGGAGUUGACGUUUGCCGCGAGUGUCGCGUCAGCUUCGACCGUGGACGCCUGCCCAAGGCCUGCUCGGUCAACAACAUGGCCAUCGGUUGUGAGCAUCGGUACCCCGACGAGCUUGAUGACCUCUCUCCCGUCGAAGAGAGACUGAUUGCCCUGCAUGCGCCUUUUGGCUAUAUCACCAAGUUCACGGUCGACAACAAGACCCGUUCGGGAAUCAGUUACCGCAAGCACGUGAAGGGACAUAUCGUCGUCUUUCCGAACAAGGUUGACGAUCUGGUGGCCACGGUUCUACCUCAUCCCUUGCUGCAGGCCAUUGAGAACAUCCACGUCUCUUGGAGCGGUUCGGGUAAGCCUGGCUCCGCAGACGUCAGACACCUGCUUCAGGUGCGCAAAUAUCGAGUGGCAGCUGCCCUGGCAUGGCUGCAAAGGAACAACCCGCUCUACGAGGAUACCGCAAUUAACCAAGCAGAGAUGGACGGCUGGCAGUAUGCCGACGGCUCCACUGUUCCGACCGUCAUCAUGGACCGCAUGCGAAGGGAGGAACCGUCGACCGUUGAGAAGACACAAACGGACCACAUAGUCCCGGACACUGAUCGAGGCUUGGAGGAAAACAACUUCAGAAGCAUCGAUGAACUGGUGAACUCGAUUAAUCCCACUCUUGCGGCUGAAUCUUGCGAUUUAGACUGUACUCUGUCCACUGAGCAGACUCAACCAUCCCCUGGUGAGCCGGCGACUCUUGUCCCCGACUCGGCUGUCAUCGGCCUGGAAGUUGACACCGUCUGUGAGACGUCUACGUCCGGCAUGUUUCCCCUCGACGGACCGGCUGCCUUCGCGGAUACCGAUAAGCUGUCGUUUCUGGCUGAUAUCGUCAACGCCAAUCCGGUUCGACAUGGCAACUCUGUGCCACUUGAGCAAGCCUAUGCGAACUUGACCGAGGACCGACUGAAGAGAGCCGAGGCGGAGAUGCGGGAGACGAGGACUACGUCGGACCCCGACGUGUCGGUCUUGCUUCGCGAGCUGUCGAUUUUUGGCCAUGCACAGCCGCUCUCGAACGAAUCCCGUUUGCUUAUGCGGAGGAAGAUACAAGCUCUGGACAUCCGCGCCGGUAUGCCUGCAAUCUGGAUUACCAUCAAUCCUAACGACAUUAAUAAUCCGGUAAAGCUGAGGCUUGCCAUUCAUAGGCUCCACGAUUAUGAGUCUGCAAAGGAACUUUUGGCCGAUCUCCGUGAAAGGCCAGGAAUCGAUCUUCGGAAGAUCAGCCACUACUACGCCACGGUGGAAACGAACGAGCGAGGCAGCCUCCACUUGCAUGGACUCCUCUGGCUGGACGGCAACAUGCGACUGCCGAACCUGAUGGACGACAUGGCCAACCCCGCGGAAGAAGCAUAUCGUGCCCAAGUGAUCCGAUACGUAGACUCUGUCUUUCACGAGUCACCGUGGAAGAUCGUCGAGGAGACAGGGUUCACAGAGGAUGGCUUGCUUCAGAUCCGGCGCAACCAUCCGCUCGUCAACCGGUACAACAAGUCACUGGCGGUCGGCCUUCGUCAUAAUCACGACGUCUCGAUGAUCUUGACCAAAACCAAGGGCCUGGCCAUGGUGUACUACAUCACGAACUACGCCACCAAACUGGAUACGCCGAUGUGGAAGCGCAUUGCUCUCGCCGCCGAGGUUGCCCGCCAACUCCGCGAAGCCGGUCGUCCGACGUCUCGCGCACCAGAUCCCGCCCUGCCCGACAACAGGCAGCAGGCAGUGUUGAACGAAAGCCGUCAAUUCCUGAUGAGAACGGCAAAUCGGAUCUUCUCCGAGCGACAACUCUCGGCCGUAGAGGUCUGUUACCACCUCCUUGGAUAUGAUACCGACUUUACCAACGUGCCGCAUUGGUCCUUUCUGAACUUGACGGCCCUCUACUGGACAAUCUUUCGGCUAUGGGCACAUCUCCGCCAUCAGGCCGGCGAGCUGACGGACGCCGAACACCCCCCCGAGACAAUCCCUCUGAGGCAAGGAGGGCGAACCCUUCUAUGCCUAGAAGCGUACGCCUACCGCGGUCAUGUUCUACAAGACUUAUGUCUGUAUGACUACAUGUCAAUGAUUCACUUGUUGCGUCGAAAUGGUCGGAGUGAAGAUGAGUCUCACAUUUUUCUCGAUGGGCAGGAUUCCGACUGUGACGGCUGGAUGCAAAAGCUUCGACGGCCCGACCAGUACGCCGUCCCGAUCUUCCAAGGAUACAUCAGCGACGACCAUGAGGACGAUCACCCAGUCUAUAUUAAGCGAAACUCUGUCCUACAUUUGGCGUUAUUCGUCCCUUGGGAAAACUUCAUUUCUGAGAGCCUAGGUGAUAUAACCGAAAUAUGGACGAGGCAUCGAGCGGGCCUUUGUCCCCGUCUCCGUUUCUACGUCUCUAACAUUUGUCUUUUGAGAAAGUCUGCCGAGGACGCGCGUAAGGACGCGAAGCUCUGGGCCAGUCGAUCGGAGGGCGACGACACAAUUGACGUUGAGUACCCACUUGACGAUGGCCGAUACGAAGAAGAGCCUCCGGCGAUGGCUCAUCGUCAGGCCUACAGAGCUCUACUCCAGAUUUUGCGAAAUGCCGUCCAGGACACGGACGCCACAAAAGACUCACCCGUCCUUGGAGGUUUAAUACGCGAUCUGUGCGAAGAGAACCCGACUGAAGACGAGCAACCUUUUGUCCAACGUCAAGAGGAUCUGUACCGGAAUAUAGCCCACGAUCAAGGUGACGCCUUGUGCCAAUUCCCCAUAUCUCGAGACGAUGUCCAAGCAGCGGCCAAGGCCCAACAACUAUUGCAUCUUCGGAUGCUAGACGACAUUGAGGGUGGUUCUCAGGGGACCAUGCUUUCCACGGAUGGCGCCGACAUCGACGAUGCCCUAGCUCGCUACGGCGAUAUAGAGUCCGCCGCUGCGCUCCCAGGCAGUGACCUCAAUGAACAAGGCCCUCGGAUGCUUGUCGACGUCAGUCCGGUGACUAGCUUCGUGGAGAUGGGGCACACCACCGCGGCCAACUUUACACUGAACUAUCUACAGACCAUGGCCCUUCAACUCGUUUGCAUGUUUCUGGACAAAUAUGCGGCCAAUCCGGACUCGGCGGGCCAGCAUCUUCAAUAUACCGGCGGGCCGGGUGGCACGGGAAAGUCGAGGAUCAUCGAUGUCCUGAAGGACGUGUUCGCGGCGAGAAACCAGCCACAUCUUCUGCAGAUAACCGGCACAUCAGGCAGUUCGGCGGCCCAGAUUGGCGGCACGACAAUCCACUCGGCCUGUGGAUUGUGGCAUAUGUUCAAAACCGUGGUGCUCCUUGAAGACCAAGUCCGGGCCCGCAACGAUCCCCAACUUCGCGCACUCCUGGAUCGAGUCCGUAACGGGCGGCAGACACAGCAAGACCUCGACUUGCUCAAUGCCAAUAUCGUAGGACGCUCCCAAAUCACCUUCCAUGAUGGUUUGCGUGCUAUAACGCCGCUGAACCGCACCCGCUGGGCCCUCAACAUGGAAGCUGUCGUGGGCUGGGCGCGCUUCAACAAGCGGCAUAUCCGUAUCUUUGUCUCGACUCACACCUGGCGCAACGGCACGCUUUCUCCAAACAUCGUGGCGCGAACCAUAGGACAAGGUGACGACUCCGCCUGCAAGGUCCCCGGCGUCUUCUUCUACGCUCAGGGCAUGCCUGUUGUUGUGAACAAGAACAAUAACAUCUACACUGGCUUGAAAGUUGUGAAUGGGGCAGACUUUACUGCCGUGGACGUAAUACUCGAUCCCAAUCACCCAGGAUACCACUUGGCGGAUGACGUGACCAUCCACUUCGGGCCACCGCUCGGGAUUCUUCUGCAGUCCGAGGAGACGAAAGCCUUGGCGAUACCGUCCCUCCCGGUGGGGACGGGUAAAACGUUCGUCGAAGUACUGUUGGGGCUGCGUGGAAAUCGUGUGACCAAUGGUGAACCCUCCAAGUGCGAUUUUACGAGCCUCUAUGUGCAACUGUCCAGGUGCACCUCGCUUCGGGGCAUCAAGCUUCUUGGUCCCGUGAGACACCAUGAUUUCAUUGGCAAUGGGCUGGAUCAGGCCAUACUUGAUGGAAUGCAGAGACUCAAGAACUUGGCCGCGGAAACGAGACGGUUAUACGAGGACCAAGAUUUCGAAAAGUAG